ACUACGUUAGAAAGUGGCACAUGUGAGAGUUUUAAAUUUAAUAUAACGCCGAUGCUUAACUGCUUCAAAGAGAAUCAUGCGAGCAGAGAAAAAGUCAAUAGGGGAAGGAGAGGAAGAAUAGGAAGUUGCAGGGCAGGCGUCACUUUCUGGCCCUGUUAAUCAACAAUUCUGUUACGUGAAGUAACAGAAAAGGUUUCUCUCACUAGUUGGUAACAGGCCUAGAAAGAUCGAAGAUGAAGUGAGGAUCGGAAGAAAUAUUGGCAAUGGCGAUGUGCUGGGAGGGCCUACUCGUAGCCACUGCAAUUUUGCUAUUUGUGAGUGAUUGCAGUUGCCUCAAUAUAAAUGUGGAAAAUGGAUCGGCUGCUAUGGUUCUUCCGCUCAUAUUGUCACCGCCGAGGGCAAAUUCCUCCGUCAUUCGUCGUCUCGCUGCUGGAAAACCUGAGUUGCCCAGCGCUCGAAUGAAGCUUUAUGAUGAUCUGCUCACUAACGGGUACUAUACAACAAGACUGCGAAUUGGAACACCUCCACAAGAAUUUGCGCUGAUAGUGGAUUCAGGCAGUACUGUUACAUAUGUUCCCUGUUCAACCUGUACACAAUGUGGCAACCACCAGGAUCCAAGAUUUCAACCAGACUUAUCAAGCACCUACCAGCCUGUAAAAUGUGGAAUUGAUUGUAGUAAUUGUGAUAUAGAGAAAAACCAAUGCAAGUAUGAAAGACAAUAUGCAGAGAUGAGCAGUAGCAGCGGUGUACUUGGAGAGGAUAUUGUGUCUUUUGGUGAUGAAAGUGCACUUAAGCCCCAGCGUGCAGUGUUUGGCUGUGAAAAUUCAGAGACUGGCGACAUAUAUCAUCAACAUGCAGAUGGAAUCAUGGGUCUUGGCAGGGGAACACUUAGUGUCAUGGAUCAACUUGUUCAAACUGGUGUUAUAGCUAAUUCCUUUUCUUUAUGCUAUGGUGGUAUGGGCAUAGGUGGAGGUGCUAUGAUUUUGGGUGCAAUUCCUCCUCCACCAGAAAUGGUGUUCACAAAAUCAAAUCCAAAUCGGAGUCCAUAUUACAAUAUUCAGUUGAAGGGAAUGCGAGUUGCUGGCACUUCUCUACCCCUGAAUCCUCAAGUGUUUGAUGGUAAAUAUGGAACUGUAGUCGACAGUGGAACAACAUAUGCAUACCUUCCAGAAGCAGCAUUUGUAGCCUUUAGAGAUGCUGUGAUAAAACAUCUUGGUUCAUUGAAGCGAAUUGAUGGUCCAGAUCCAACAUAUCAUGACAUUUGCUUUUCGGGUGCUGGAAGUGACAUUUCCCAGCUCAACAGGAAGUUUCCACGUGUUGAUUUAGUAUUUGAAAAAGGACAAAUGGUUUCAUUGGCUCCUGAGAAUUACUUGUUCCAGCAUUCUAAGGUCCAUGGUGCAUACUGCUUGGGGAUUUUCCAAAAUGGAAAAGAUCCUACAACCUUACUUGGUGGCAUUCUCGUCCGCAACAUGCUAGUGACAUAUGAUCGGAGCCAUGAAAGGAUAGGAUUUUGGAAGACAAAUUGUUCAGAAUUGUGGCAGAGAUUGCAGUCGCCCACUGCACCUCCUCUGCCCGCUGCACCUCCUUUGCCUGGAACACCAAAUUCCCAAGACAAAAAUGUAAGUGUUAGUGGGCCUAUUUUGCCGCCUGCUCCAGCCCCAUCAGAGCCUAACCCAGGUCAGAAUCAGGAGAUUGGAGGAUUGGAAUUAUUUAUGUCUAUGACUACAGGCUCUAAAGACUUCAUAUUGGUUUUACCUAAAUUCAAGGAGGAUAUGGCACGGGAGCUGGAAAUUGCUAGUUAUCAGGUUCAUAUACUGAAUUUCAGCAGUGAGGGGGAUGGAGUUAAAAUCAGAUGGACUGUUUCACCUGCUGAUUCUAGUAAUCAGAUAUCAAAUGAUACUGCUAAGAGAAUCAUUUCCCUUUUGACUGAACACAAGGUUCACCUUCGUGAUGCGUUCGGAACUUACAAUUUAUUAAGCUGGAAAGUUUUGCCUCCUUCAGAAAGAUCAUGGCUUCAAAGGCAUGGACUAGCAUUAUUGGGUGGUUCCAUAGGUGUUACACUAAUUGCCUCAUCCUCGGUAAUUUACUGGUAUUGGUGGAGACAGAAACAAGAAGUGUUUGGAAACUAUAAGACUGUAGAUGCCAUAAAUCAAGAAGAAGAGCUUCAACAACUUUGAUUUGUAUAAUAUCUUACAAGCUCCCUUUUAUAUGGAGUUAUCGGAUAUCUUCAUCAUGUUCUGUAUGAUAAAAGGAGGUCACAAUUACCAGAGGAUUUGUAAAAUUUUAUUGUUAGUUGACACAUUCAUUUUCGCUAAGCAUUCCCUUUCCUUUCUACUUGUAACAGACUUCGUAAUUUUGUAGUUUUGGUUUAUAUCGGAUUAGGCCAUGGCAAUAUACUGCUUUACUCUGCAAUGCACUCGUUCAAUUCUAGCAACAGUCAUACAAAAUUUCUCUCAAUAAGAUUGAUCUUCUGGUAAA